AAUGCCGGGGUGGAUUCAAUUCAGUUCAAUUUAUUUGUAUCGCCCAUUUUCACAAAUUACAAAUUCCCCUCAGAGGGCUUUACAAUCUGUACACAUAGACAUCCCUGACCUUUGACCUUUGAGGGAUGCUGAGCGGCGCCGGUUGUUUGCGAGCUUUGGCGUUGGUGCGUGAGAGCGGUGGAGACCUCCACGCCUACGGGGAGGCCAUGGAGCUGCUGCUGGCCGCUGUCAGAAACGCGGAGCAGGCGGAGAGUCCGGCGCUGUGCGUCGCCGCCGCCGGCCGCUACUGGAGCACAUGCCUCCCCCUGACUCAGACUCCUGAGGGGAGGCGGCAGCUCCUGGAGCCGCUGGAGGAGAUCCUGUCUGCUCUGGUUCACACCAACAGGAAGCAUAAACAGAACAAAGGGAGAGCAUCGCUGACCCUCACAGCUCCGCCUCUUGGGAGCUCUAAACACGAAGCCUCAGAGGAGGAGGACCUCUCCCUGAGAGCCGCCAUGUACAGCCUGUUGCUCCACGUCCACCUGGAGAGAACCGACUGGGCCGGUGCUCAGCAGCUGCUGGACCGAGCCAUCAGGGACACGCCUCGCUCCAGACACCGGCUACCUCUGCUGAAACACAGAAUACUGGUGAAAGCUCAACUGGGGGGAAGUGUACUGGCGGACAUGCAGAGGUUCCAAGACGAAGAGGAGCAGUGCUGUUCAUCGAUGUGGCACCAGGUGGCGCUGUGUGCCGGCAACAUCACCCAGCAGCUCACCUGCUACCAGAAGUCCAUCACCUGCCUGCUGGGUGAAGAGACUCGGUGGGAGAAGGCCGGCCUCCUGCUGGAGUUUGGAGAGUGGUUGUACGGUCACGACUUCCCCAAAGCCGCCGCCCGGCGCCAGGUCCAGUGGGCCGUGGACCUCCUGCUGCUCGUGGGACGCGAGCGGGCCGAGGGGUCAGAGGUCACGUCUCCAAAAAGGUCUCUGAGCUCAGAGUCCCCGGUGGGAACGCGGGGCUCCUCCUGGACGGAGAGUCUGUCGAGUCUGAAGGAGGUGCGACGUCUGGACGGCUUGGUGCGAGCACACACUCUGCUCGCCGUCAUGGCCGACAGGACUUCACCCGAGCGCCGGCUCAACCUGCUCAGGGCCUCCGUCUUCGUGCUGCGCAUAUGGCAGGUGUCCAUGGCUGUAGGUUGGGAGAUAUCCAACGAGAUGGCCAAGAACCAGCCGGCCCCGCCCCCGACCUCCGCUGGAUCCAAAAAAGGCAAAGACAAGGGCAAAGGCAAAAAAGGGAUAGAUCCGACCCCCGUAGAGGAGAGGCCUAAACCCGUGGUCCUGGACCAGGAGCUCCCCUCCAGCCCACAGGACUGGGCUCGCUACGCCUGUCCUCAGCAGGCCCGGCUCAUCUUCAGAACCAACAGCAACCCCCACUGUGUCAACACACUCAGCAUCACCAAGCAGACUCAAAGCCUGUUUUAUCUCGACCUUCUGGAGAGAGAGUUGUGCUCACUCUCACUCGACCACCUGACCUUACCCAUCAUGCAUCUUGCCGAGACCAUUGCCCACGACCUGUUGGAUAGGAGCGGCCUCUCCGACCUCUACCGACUUCGAAUUGUGAGGCGCUGCAGUCAGCUGGGUCUGGAGACCCAUUCCCCGUACCAGGAGAAGCUCCUGAGUCUAAGUCGAAUCCAAGAACAAGAACAGAUGAGGUGCCACAGAGCGAUUGCUGUUUCACACGAGGGAAGAGGCCUUCACCAAGGGGCCAAUCAGAAGGUGGAGGGGGAUGGAGUGGUUGGCUUUGGGCAGCAGAAGAGGGAAGUGAGUGCUCAGCACAUCUGGCUGGACAAAGCUGAUGUUUGCCUCGGUCUCGGACUCCAUCAGGCAGCCAGGCAGCUGCUGGCAGAGGCCCACUGUGUGGCUGAGGAGCUCAGAGACCUGACGACGAUGGCUAGAAGUUUGCUCAGCCUGGCCGUGCUGGCUUGUGAGGAGCAGAACUUUGCUCAGGCUCUGAUUCUGCUGGACGAAGCCCACGCUCUGGGAGGGGAUGAGGAGUUCUGGUACCAGCUCACCCUCACCAAUGUCAGAGCUGUGGUGGGCCAGAGGGACCAAGACGCACACACCAAGGCUGAACAGAUUAUAAAACGAGGCUGUGUGGCCCUGAAGCUGGUUCUGGAGCGGCGGGUAAACCGAGCCCCAGAAAUUAUAUUCUUCAUCACCUCGUUAGAGAUGAGGGGUGCCGUUGAAUCUAUACGUGCCCUUGGUGGCGGUGAACCCGGGAAGAGAUUUAGCAACGAGGCGGUCCAGAGGCUGAUGGCCGCCUGCGAUACCCUCAGAGAGUGCGCCAGUGGUUUCAUUAAACUGGGCUACAAAGACCACGCAGCAGAGACGCAUGCCGAGUACGCACACGGUCUGAGAACCCUCGCCGGCCGCUCCGCUCGCGCAGAAGACAAGCGGCGCUUCCUGCUCGACGGCGUCUCCCAGCUGCAGCUCGCCGUCACGGAGCAGGAACACGUGGCGCUGACCGCUCAGACGCUGCUGCCCUCACAGCAGGAGUGAGCCGAUUACCGACACUUCAGGGUAUCGAACCCCAUCCCAGUAAACCAGGAGUACCAUUACCAGUGCCUUUUUUUUGGGAGGCUUGUGGGUAAUUUU